AACAAAAAAAAGGUGAGAGGCUAAUUCGCAUAUUAAGUUUUUUUUCCCGUCUUUCCCAUAAGGAAGGACGACGACCAAAAAGAGCUGAGAGCGAGAGAGAGAGAGAGAGAGCGAAGAGAAAAACGAAGAGAGACGGUGAGAUCUCAACACUUGUAUUCUUUCCUUGAGAGACCACCUCUCUCUCUCGACGACGCGCAUUCCCAAUUUCAUACAUUCUCCGUAAGAUUUUUGAUUGAGUCUCUCUAAUUUCGUUGUUUAUAAUUCUCUCCAAUCGUUUUCUUUGUUGUGGCGGGAACAUCGAUCCUCUUUUCUUCUGCGAUUUUGCUUUCUUCGUUGUGAUUUCGUUGCAUUAGCUUCGAAUUUUCGUUCCGUUUUGUUUGUUAUUGAUGAUUGUGUUCGUCUCUUCUUUGUUACAUGUGUUGUUAUGCUUUUUUGACUGCUUUUUGUGUGUUUUACUUGUCCGUUUCGCCUUCUGGAUUCUCCGAAAGUGGCGCAUGAUAGUGCUUUCUUUUUCUCGAUCUCUCUUGGGUUGGUUUUGCCAUUUGAAGGAUGCCUCUACUAAAAAAGAAGUCACAUAAACUACUGGAGCCCCCAAAGAACUUGGAGCCUCAAGAACUUGUCUAUCAAGUUCGUCUAACAAAUGAGAUCUUUCGAGAUUAUCAAUUGUACUUGAAGAGGUUAAAUCUGUAUCGCAACCGAGUUUGGACUUGUAAGUCUACUGGUAAAACUAGCUUGAGCUACGAGGAGGCCUUAGAUUCAGAAAAACUGGCAGGCAAGAAGGUUCAAACUCUGCCCAGAGAGCUAGUUGCACCUGCUUUACGCAUCAUCCAAUUCAGUACGCUUUCAUUGAAAGAUCUUGCUGACAAAAUAGCGACAGAGUUGCAAGAUUGCUUUUUCCCUGGCGCAGAGUUGUAUGGGGAAAGGGAUGGGGAACUGCAUCCUUGCAAAAUCUUGAGGAUAGUAUCAGAUGGGGAUAGUAAACCUCAGUAUGAGGUAGGCUUCCUUGACAAAAACAAGGAAGUAGAUGAUAACACAGUGCUCUUUGGGGAGGAUCUGUCAUGGAAGAAGUUUCCAUUUAGUAGAAAUUUUCUGAAGUCCUUCAUUCGAGAUUCCACAUGCCACAGUAUACCUUGGGUAGUAAAUGAUUACCUGGCUAAAGCACAUGAAAUCACGAGAAAGAUUCCCAAGGAACUUCAGAACAAAUAUGUCUUUCAGAAUGGAGAACUGGUUCAACAAAGGAAGCAGGAAGAUAAAACCGGAAGGGAAAAUAGAAAAAGAAAGAGAGCAGAAAAUGGUAAACAUGUUGCAGAGGAGACAGAUAGAGAGGUUAAUGGGUCUGAGGAAGAGGCUAUCAAUUACCCAAUCGAAGAUUUACUUUUGCCACCUGAUCCUGAUGUCACUCAGCGUCCUUCUCCUUCCCGGGAUUUUAGUGUUCCUAUGGAUUGUGUUGGGGAUCUUCUUAUGGUCUGGGACUUUUGUACCUCAUUUGGUAGGCAGCUGCAUCUAUGGCGAUUUUCUCUUGAAGACUUUGAAAAUGCUGUCUGCCACAAGGAGAGUAAUUUGGUUCUUAUCAUGGAAGUGCAUGCCUCUCUUUUUCGGUUCCUCAUCAAUGAACGUGGUGAUAGUUUCAAAGCUUUACAGAGAAGGAGUCGCAAGUCGAAGAUAACAUUGAUCACGUGGGCAGAGUAUCUUUGUGAUUUCCUGGAAUCAGUCAACACUCCUGAUUUGUGCUUCGAUGUUGGAACGAUCAAACGUGGACAUUAUGGUCUCUUGGACCCAAAUGUAAAAUUGAAAAUCUUAAGGGAAUUAGUGAACCAUAUAACCGAAACAGGUAUGUUCAAGGGGGAAAUAGAUGAGCUUGUUGAACAACGGCAUGCCCUUGGAGCUGCUAGAAGAGAAGAAGCAUUGGCGGAGGCCCGACAGAUAAGAGAGGAGAAAGAACGGUCCAAAACUGGUGAGGAAGCUAAUGGAGUUUUAGACAAUAAUAGGUUGGAGAAAAAGAAAAAUAGCGCACAAGUAUUAGAAAGCAGUGAAGACAGCAAAAAGAAUGAGAGCACUGCAGGGGGAAGCAAGAUGGAGAAUGGGUCUGUUUCUUCGGAAAACAUUGAAAAAUCAGAGAAAAGGCUUAUAGGGAAUGUCUAUCUGAGAAAGCACAAAAGGCAGAUGACGGAUACAAAAAUCGAACCAAAAGAGGAGGAGGAGGAUGAGAAAGCAGAGGAGGACGAAGAGGAGAAAGGAUUUUCAGUGAAGAAGCAGGAGGUAAAAUCUGCAAGCGAAGAUGAGAAAGGAACUUUUGAAAGGAGGGGGCCCGAACAGAGGAGGCAAUAUUAUGAGCGGGAGAUGGAGAAAAUAGUCAUACGUACAAACCCCUUGGGUAAAGAUCGGGACUACAACAGGUACUGGUGGUUCCGAAGCAAUGGGAGAAUAUUUGUUGAGAAUUCUGAUUCCGAAGAAUGGGGCUAUUAUACCGCCAAGGAAGAGCUGGAUGCAUUGAUGGGGUCACUAAACCGUAAAGGAGAGAGGGAACUGUCAUUAUAUACACAACUAGAGAUAUUCUAUGACAGAAUAUGCUCUACACUACAAAAGAGGACGAAGGACAUUGCUCACAACAUAGAAAUGGAAGAAGCAGUGGUUAGGAGAUCUACCCGUGUAAGAGCUCCACUACAUGAAAAUCCAGCUAGUGCCUUCUUGAGAUAUGUUAACAAGUGGAAAGAGGACUAAACGUAGCAGAAUUCAAUUCUGUAUAGGAAAAGCUUGUAGUUGCAGUUGCAGCCAUAGCCAAAACUUACCAUUUUCAGCUUGUCUUCUCUGUUUUUUCUUUGGCUCCUUUAGGGUUUAGUAGAGCUUUUUACAAGUUACAACAAAAAGGCAUUAGUCUUAUGGUAUGGUGAAGGCAACGCUUGAGUAGAAAGAUGGUGUUGGGUUUUGUUUUGUUUUUCUGUUACCAUUCAUCAUCACCUUCUUUUCAGUACUCUAUGAUACCGAGGUACCAUUUAUUUUUUAUUUUUUCCGGGGAAAUUAGAAGUUUUAUUACUAUUCCUAAAAUGUUUCAUUGCAGAUUUGCAUCUAUGUCUGAUUUUGGUUGGUGGCUAUAUUUCUAAGCUUUGUUACAGAAGACUUAGAUUAAUUAGGCUAAAACCUUUUGACUUAUUUUUGUUUUCAGUGCGGUUUGAUAAAUUUGAUGGCAUGUCAUCUUUGUUUUAGCUCCAAAAUAAACAUUUAGGACCAUCGUUGUACCCUU